UUUCCUUUCCCGUGUCUAUAGGCAAAGCAUGUGAAAUUUUAGACAUAACAAACUUUGUUAUUCAUUUCCUACCACACACACAAAUACAAUACAAACUCCUAAAAUUUUGUAACCACCUUUGAACACUCUUCAUUCUCUCUUUCUUUCACUGCCAAAUAAACCAAAAGAGGUAACAAACAAACAAAAAACUCUUAAUUACUAAUUAACUGCAAUUAUAACUUCCAUCUUAUUAUUACAGGCAUGAUCUUCACCAUCUCUUUGAAGAUAUAGUAAAAGGACAGGAGACAUUGAUCAUGGUCAUCAUCAAUGGAAUAAUGCAAAAAGAAAAGAUUGAAUCAGAAAGCUGAUUAGAGCUUGAAGUUUCCUCUAGCAUGCCAUUGAAUGAGUGUUUGAUAUAUUAUGAAGCUUAUGCUCUUUUUUGAGUAUAAAUGAGUGUUUGAUACAAGUGUAUGUAAUGGAUUUCAAUGAUGGCUAUGUAUCGAAAGAGCAUCGUGAGCUUCAUCAAUCUGUAUCAGAAAGUGCAGAUUCAGUAUCUAUUUCUGCUUUGCAACUUUCACCUAAGUCACCAAAAUCUCCUAAAUCACCUAGGUCUCUAAAGGUGCAAGUCAAAGGAAGCAAUUGGAGUCCAAAAAAUAAUAGGCAAUCACAUUCUCCAAAAGAUGGACGUCCAAAGAAAGGUGGUUCUGGGGGUAAAGGCACCUGGGGUGGAUUGCUUGAUACAGAUGACAUGAAUUCUCUUGACCCUAAUGACCCAAAUUAUGACAGCACUGAGGAAUGUGAUGAUUUAAAUUCAAAUGAAAAGAAAACGAAUCCUGCAUUGGAAGAGUACAAGAAAAAAGCUACAAUAAUAGUGGAAGAGUAUUUUGCCACUGAUGAUGUUGUUUCAACAAUGAAUGAACUUAAAGAAGUUGGAAAACCAGAAUACAGUUACUAUUUUGUCAAAAAGCUUGUGUCUAUGUCAAUGGACAGACAUGACAAAGAAAAAGAAAUGGCUGCUAUUCUUUUAUCAGCACUUUAUGCUGACAUAAUUCACCCUUCACAAGUUUACAAAGGUUUCACCAAAUUAGUUGAAUCAGCUGAUGAUUUGAUUGUUGAUAUACCGGACACGGUCGACAUUCUUGCGCUUUUCAUAGCUAGAGCUGUGGUUGAUGACAUUCUUCCUCCAGCAUUUUUGAAGAAACAGAUAGCUAACUUACCAAUAGAUUCUAAAGGAGCUGAGGUCUUAAAGAAAGCUGAUAAAAGCUAUCUAACAGCUCCUUUGCACGCCGAAAUCAUCGAGCGGCGAUGGGGAGGAAGUAAGAACACAACAGUUGAUGAUGUCAAAGCAAGGAUAAACAACUUUUUGAAGGAAUAUGUAGUAAGUGGUGACAAGAAAGAAGCUUUUAGAUGCAUCAAAGACUUGAAAGUUCCUUUUUUCCAUCAUGAGAUAGUGAAAAGGGCUCUUAUUAUGGCAAUGGAAAAGCGUCAAGCAGAAACGCCUUUACUCGAUCUAUUGAAAGAAGCGGCAGGAGAAGGUUUCAUCAACACAAGCCAAAUGUCUAAAGGUUUCAGCAGGUUGAUUGACCUUGUCGAUGAUUUAUCACUUGACAUACCAAAUGCACAUGGACUACUUCAAAAACUAAUGUCGAAAGCAGCGUCCGAAGGUUGGUUAUGUGUGUCAUCAUUGAAAUCACUUACUAUAGAGACUGAAAAGAACAACUCAAUACAAGACAAUGUUGCAAGAAGUUUCAAGACGAAGAGUCAAUCCAUCAUUCAGGAAUACUUUUUAUCAGGCGAUAUUUUUGAAGUGAACAGUUGUCUAGAACAAGAGAACAAAAAAAACUGCGGCGAAUUAAACGCGAUCUUCGUUAAAAAGCUAAUAACUCUUGCAAUGGAUAGAAAGAAUAGAGAGAAAGAAAUGGCUUCUGUGUUACUCUCAUCUCUUUGUUUCCCACCUGACGAUAUUGUGAGUGGUUUUGUGAUGCUCAUAGAGUCAGCCGAUGAUACUGCCUUAGAUAAUCCUGUUGUUGUGGAAGAUCUUGCUAUGUUUCUAGCAAGAUCAGUUGUUGAUGAAGUGAUAGCACCGCAACAGCUUGAAGAGAUUGGAACACAAUGUUUAGGACAAGAUUCCAUUGGGAGCAAAGUACUUCAAAUGGCAAGGUCUUUGUUAAAGGCAAGAUUAGCUGGUGAGAGAAUCUUGAGGUGUUGGGGAGGGGGUGGAAGUAGCAAACCUGGUUGGGCUAUUGAAGAUGUUAAGGACAUGAUAGGUAAACUUUUGGAGGAAUAUGAGUCAGGUGGUGACAUAAGAGAGGCUUGUAGGUGCAUGAAAGAGUUAGGUAUGCCAUUUUUUCAUCAUGAAGUUGUUAAGAAAGCUUUGGUGAUAAUCAUUGAAAAGAAGAAUGAGAGAAUGUGGGGUUUACUCAAAGAGUGUUUUGAAUCAGGACUAAUAACUAUGAAUCAAAUGGUUAAAGGUUUUGAAAGAGUUGAAGAAGCUCUUGAUGAUUUGGCUUUGGAUGUACCUGAUGCUAAAAAUCAGUUUUCAUUUUAUGUUGAAAGAGCUAAGAAUGAAGGAUGGUUGGAUAGUUCAUUUUGUUUCAGAAAUGCAACAGAGAAUGGCACAUGCUAAGUUGUUAUCUUCAACACUAAGUUUUGCUUAUCUUUAUAAUUCAAAAAUUUACAGACAAAUUAAAUGCAGGCAUAAAUUGGCAUGCCACAUGCAUUCAUCAUAACUUCUUAUGUAGCCUUGUAGCAAACUUCAAAUUUCUUUAUACAAUAUUUUUGUUUCAUUUUA